AUGUCGACCCGGCAUGACCGCUACGACAAAGACGCGGAUGACGCAAGGGGGCGGCAUCGCAGUCCCAGUUCUGAUCGAAGGUAUAAAGAUGACAGACUACGGAAUAGAGGGGACGACGAGAGGGAUAGAAGAUCGUUAGAACGAAGAAGACCGGGCAAGGACGACCGCGACGCACCUCGUUCCAGGUCGCCACGCAGGGGGCGUUCCCGUUCCAGGUCUCCUAAGCGGCGUGAUUCCGUCUCUCGUUCUCCUGACCAGCGCAGCCGUCGAGGUCGCGAGAAGCGGAGACAUUCACGUUCAGCAUCCCGCUCAAGGUCGCGAUCCCCUUCUCAGUCGUCCACGUCGUCGGAUCACCAUCGGAAGAAGAAAAAGAAAGACAAGCACAAAAGACGUAGCAGUCGGAGUCGUGAGCGGAGGGAGCGGAAGAAGGAGAAGAAGAAGAAAAAGAAGAAGGGCGGUGCUCAGAGCUUUGAGUGGGGCAAAUACGGUAUCAUCAGUGAGACCGAUUUAUAUAACAAGGACCAAGAGUUUCGGACAUGGUUAGUCGAAGAGCGCCUGAUCAAUCCAGAAACACUAUCUAAGGACCAAACGAAGAAAGAGUUUGCCAAAUUCGUCGAGGAUUAUAACACAGCCACACUUCCCCAUGAGAAGUAUUACAACAUGGAAGUGUUCGAUAGACGUAUGAACGCCCUCCGUGCUGGUGAAUACCUUCCCCCGACGGACGUCUACGACCCCAACGCAGACAUGCAGGCGCAUGCCAGUAGGCACAAAAAGAAGGACGUGGAACGCGAGAGCUACCUGAGCAAAGAGCAGCUGCAGGAGCUGCGAAGAGUGCAGAACGAGAGGGUCGAGAUUGGCAGGAUGAAGCGUUUAGGCAUGGACGUCAAGCAGAAUGUCGGUGUUCGUAUGGAGUUCGAUGCGUGAAUGCCUGGAGGGCUGGCAUUUUCACUGUAAUAUAUGUUGUUGCGAAUGCAGAGGAUGCAUUGAACGUG